CUGUAACACUAGGCCUUCCGCCGGCAGAUCCCGUCCACGAGCGCCGAGUCCGCGGGCCUGAAGCUCGCUACCCAGACCGCGCCUACGACGACCACGACCGCGUAGGCUUACUCGCCGAGAAACGACUUUGACCUGCCCAUACGACCGACGCUACCAUGCUCAAGCUCGGCCGUGGCCACGUCCAGAUGCAGUACGAGCCAUGCGAGACCUGCGGGAAGAGCCGAGUCGUGGCGCUCGAUACCUCGGCCGUCCCCGCUGCCCAAAAUGCGACGACGGACGCCGCCCCGCCGCCGGUCGAACGGCUCAUUAGCGACAUGUGCCGCUGCAAGCGCCGCCGCGUUGCGCCUCCAAAGGCCCUCGAGACGAGCGAUGCAGCAUCAACGCCCAAGGGCCGCGGGUCCGAUGGGGGUACGCCGCGCCGCCGCCCGCCGGCCACAUACGACCCCGACGACGGUGACGACGACGACGUGGAUGGCGACGACGACGACGACGACGAUGGCAAGGACGAUACGUACGUAGACAGCGAAGAGUACACGGCGCCGCGUCGAGCCCCGGUCGGCGCAUCGCCGGAACAGCUGGCCCGCCGCCAUGUCGCACCUGGCAACUUUUUACCUCGCUGCCUCCGUGUCCGUCUCCGCAAGGUCGAGGGCGGCUACACGGCGGUCCCGCCAACGCUGCCAAUUACUGCGCCGGCACGCGACCCGCUCAUUGUCCGUCUCCACCGUAUCGGCGACGGCGCCUACGUGGCAUUGGACAACUCCCACUCCUCCGUGUCGUCCUCCUUGCGGAAACGCCGGCUCGAGUUUGCCUCGGACGCUGCCGAAAGCGACAGCAGCGACAGCGGCGUGAGCAGCGGCGCCGAGUCGGCUCCUUCCGCGCCGUCGUCGCCCGUGCGCAAGCCGCACCCGGAAGCGGCCAUCCCCGAGAGCCUCACGCUACACGACCUCCCGGUCGCGCCGUGGGACCGUCGCGCACCGGGCAUGGCCAAUAGAACGCAGUGCGAGGUCUGCGGCAAGAGCGGGACGCUCGCGUGCUGCGAGCGGUGUCCUGCCGUGUACCACAACGACUGCCUUCCGAUGGACCACCCGCUCGACGACGUUGACCCGUGGUGGUGUCCGCGCUGCCUCCAGACACCGAUCGGGCAGCAGACCAAGGCGUGUCGGCUGUGCUCGAGCGACUCGAACCUCUCGCAGAUCAUCUUGUGCGACUGCUGCGACGACGAGUACCACCUCUAUUGCCUCGUGCCGCCGUUGACCGACGUCCCUUCGGGCGACUGGUUUUGCCCGUUCUGCCAUAGCCACAACCAUGUCAAGCGCCAGUGCAUCAAGAAGAAGCGCAAGGGCCGGAAGAAGAAGCGACCGCUCCAGUUCUACUACCCGUCGCUCUUGCAAGAGACGUACGAAGACCUCUCGAUUCUGCACCGCGGCCGGCGCUUCCGACCGCCGUCAUACGGAAAGAUCUGGACACCCGACGACGACCGAAAGCUCGGGAACCACCAAAGGAAGCUCCGGACGCUCCGCGACAAGGUCAACGCGCGCACCUUUGUCAAGCCCGACUUGUCGAAGCGCGAUUUGCACGCCAACGCGCCGUACCUCCAAGACAUCAUCGUCGACAGCAAGGCGCUGACCGGCAUGUUCCACAUGGUCGACGCCGCCGCGGCCCGCGCGCGCAGCCGCAACGAAGGCCUCGCACAGCAAGUGGCCGAAUACCCUCGGUGGCGUGUCGACUGGCCGCGGGCGGACGAGGCCACUGACGUGUACCUGCGGCUCCUGUCGUGUGCGUCCGACUGCCUCCAGCUGCUCGUGCCGUCCAAGAUCGAGCCACCGCCGCGCCCCGUGCCAACACGCACGCAGUUCCACGCGCCAUCGGCGUUUGCCGUGCCCAUUCCGAAUCUCCAUGCGUACGAAGCGGAGAGCCGGCUGCACUUGGGCCAGCGCAUCGACAAGGCCCGCGAGGUGUCGCUGGACCCGUGGAUCCUCAUGCGCAUGGAGGCCCUUCGCAUCAACGACCCGAUGGCGCUGCACCUGCUUUUGAACUCGGAUGCGUAGACAGUAGACUUGAUGGUGAAUAUGCACGACGG